AAGAAACAAUACGUUAAACUUAAACAUCCCAACAUUAUAUAUUCACCCUUUUUCUCGUUUUCGAAAUCCACAAGUUCAAGAUCGGAUAAUUAACAGAAUGGCGACAACAUUGGUUCUUGGAUAUGGUAACAUGAUGAGUAGCAUUGAGUAUUUACAGAGAUUGCCUAUUACCCGUCUGGUAAUCACUAAGAAACUGGCAGCUAUAAUUGGCCUCCAACCUCAGAAACCGCAGCUUGUCGGAGGCACUCUCACUUCCAGCAGCCAAUUAAAUCGUAGAGCCUUCUUGGUGUACAGUGUUAAACCAGGAAAUCAUCAUCGUCCUCCUCCUCCUACCGGUGACUCUCCAAGUUCAUGGCAACAAUGGCUUUUUAGAAUAAUAACUACCGUGAUCGUACCAUUUUUCAGUAGAAAAUGGAGCAACUUAUUGAAAUUUAAAGAUGAAGUUGAUACUGUGAUUGAGGAAACCGAGAAAAUAGUAGAGUAUGUGGAGGAAGUGGCGGAGACGGUAGACAAGGUGGCAAAAGAGGUGGCGGAUCAUCUUCCUGAUGGUGGUAAAUGGAGAAACGCCGCCUUGUUUGUGGAAGAUGUGGCGGAGGAAGUAGCAAGAGAAGCUCAAUUGGUUGAAGAUUUCCUACAUAACGUUGAAGAAGUAGAACAAGAGGUGGAGUUGUUGGGUGAAUCAGUCAAAGAUCAAACCAAGAAUUUCCAUCAAGAUCCUAACUCAAGUACUCAAAAGAUUCAUUAAUUUUGAGUUUGACUGUAUAUAAUUAUAUGGAAAAUAUAUUUUUUUAUACGUAAAUUUGAUUACUUCUGUAUAAAAAACGAUAACGGUAAUUCAUGAAAAUUUUAGUUGUUUAGUAU